AUGGCAGGUACCCGCGGUUCCACUCAGGGAAGAACAAGCAAUGCACCUGAUGAACUCAUUACUACGGUUUGGGGGUUGGCCACGUUUGUCCAGAACAUGAGCCAAGAAUGGCGAGAAUAUCGGCAACAGAACCCGAACCAACCCCAAAUGCCCGACAAUGCUGAGGAAAUUUCCCGACGGAGGUUGAAAGACUUCCGCAACUUCCAACCACCUACAUUGGAAGGUGGAGAUGACCCUGAGGCUGCAGCAAGAUGGCUGCAGAUGAUCGAGCACAUAUUCGAGCGAAUGGGAUGUCCAGAGGAACAGAAGACCGACUACGCCUUAUACCAGCUGAUGAGAGAAGCUUUGACUUGGUGGACCGGUGCGAGGGCUCUGCUGCGAGCUCAAAAUGUUGAUCUGACUUGGGCCGUGUUCAGACGAGUCUUCCUAGACAAGUAUUUUCCGAAGGCUAUGAGAAGAAUGAAGCACACUGAGCUGCUAUCACUAAGGCAGGACAACAUGACUGUCAAUGAAUACAUUACUACAUUUGGGCAGCUGAUGGAAUAUGCCAACUUUGAUCGGAACAUCUAUGACGAGGAAUGGCAGAUUGAGAAAUUUGAAAGCGGACUACAUCCAGAGAUCCGUAAGCUCAUCCUGACUUCUGCAAACCGUACACUUCCAGAAUUAAUCAAUCAGAGUCGGCAAGCGGAAGGCAUUAUCAACGAAGCAAAGAAUAUGUUCGAGCAACUAGUACAGCCACCGGGAGGAAGCAAAGACGGCCGUUUCUUCAGAAGGAAUACCGGAAUGAACAAAGGCACUGGCCCGCAAAUGCAAGCUCGAACUGGAAAUUUCAAGAGGAAUAAUGCUCCUGGUCAAUCAUCAACCGGACGACAGAGUUCCAAUGCUUGUGCUACGUGUGGAAAGUAUCAUUCUGGAGUCUGCCGGCGCGAGAACAACUUAUGCUACAGGUGUGGACAGUCGGGACACUUUGUUUCUGAUUGCCCCCAUAAUCCUAAUUGA